GCCACGAUGCUGUCCGUGCGCGUAGCCGCCGCCCUCGCCCGCUCCCUGCCCCGGCAGGCCGGCCUGGUGUCCCGAAAUGCUUUGGGCGCGUUAUUUGUUGCGACGCGGAACCUCCACGCCUCCAAUGCGAGUCUUCAGAAAACCGGCACCGCUGAGGUAUCAUCUAUUCUGGAGGAACGAAUUCUUGGAGCUGACACCUCUGCUGAGCUAGAAGAAACGGGGCGUGUCCUCUCGAUUGGUGAUGGUAUUGCCCGUGUGUACGGCCUGCGUAAUGUUCAGGCAGAAGAAAUGGUUGAGUUUUCUUCUGGGCUGAAGGGUAUGUCCCUGAACUUGGAACCCGACAACGUUGGUGUCGUCGUCUUUGGGAACGACAGGUUGAUUAAGGAAGGGGACAUUGUGAAGAGGACAGGAGCUAUUGUGGAUGUCCCAGUCGGGGAAGAGCUCUUGGGUCGUGUCGUAGAUGCUCUGGGUAACACCAUUGAUGGAAAGGGCCCCAUCGGUUCCAAGUUACGGAGGAGGGUUGGUCUUAAGGCCCCCGGGAUCAUCCCACGGAUCUCUGUGCGCGAGCCCAUGCAGACCGGCAUCAAGGCCGUGGACAGCUUGGUACCGAUCGGCCGUGGACAGCGGGAGUUGAUCAUUGGAGACAGGCAGACUGGCAAAACUGCAAUUGCUAUUGAUACCAUCAUCAACCAGAAACGGUUCAAUGAAGGGACUGACGAGAAGAAGAAGCUGUACUGUAUCUACGUUGCAAUUGGUCAGAAGAGAUCUACGGUUGCCCAACUUGUCAAGAGGCUUACUGAUGCAGAUGCCAUGAAGUACACCAUUGUGGUCUCCGCCACUGCCUCAGAUGCUGCCCCUCUCCAGUACCUGGCUCCUUAUUCCGGCUGCUCCAUGGGGGAAUACUUCAGAGACAACGGCAAACACGCCCUGAUCAUCUACGACGAUUUAUCCAAGCAGGCUGUUGCCUACCGUCAAAUGUCUCUGCUGCUGCGUCGUCCCCCAGGCCGAGAGGCCUACCCUGGCGACGUGUUCUACCUCCACUCCCGUCUUUUGGAAAGAGCAGCCAAGAUGAAUGACUCCUUCGGUGGCGGCUCUCUGACUGCCCUUCCUGUCAUCGAGACUCAAGCUGGGGAUGUGUCGGCCUACAUUCCGACUAACGUCAUUUCAAUCACUGAUGGGCAGAUCUUCUUGGAAACCGAACUGUUCUACAAAGGUAUCCGCCCAGCCAUCAACGUCGGUCUGUCUGUGUCGCGUGUCGGUUCUGCUGCCCAGACCAGGGCCAUGAAGCAGGUGGCUGGAACCAUGAAGCUGGAGUUGGCUCAGUACCGCGAAGUGGCUGCUUUCGCACAGUUCGGCUCCGACCUGGAUGCUGCCACUCAGCAGCUGCUCAGUCGUGGCGUGCGUCUGACCGAGCUCCUCAAACAAGGGCAGUACGUUCCCAUGGCUAUUGAAGAACAAGUCGCCGUGAUCUACGCCGGAGUCAGAGGUCACUUGGAUAAGCUGGAGCCUAGCAAGAUCACCAAGUUCGAGAGUGCUUUUCUGGCUCACGUGCUGAGCCAGCAUCAGGCCCUCCUCUCCACAAUCAGGACUGACGGGAAGAUCUCUGAGCAAACAGAAGCCAAGCUGAAGGAAAUAGUGACAACCUUCUUGUCUACCUUUGAAGCGUGAACCAGGACUGUUUUU